AUGUUUGGUGGUUAUCCAGCUAAAUUGAAGAAGGUGCUUAUAGUGACCGCGCCACUGUGGUUUAAAGCGCCUUUCCGUAUAUUGCGGUUAUUCGUGCGCGAAAAACUUCGGGAACGCGUGCACACAGUAAAUGCGCCUCAGCUGGGUCUGCACGUGCCUCGAGCUAGCCUACCCAAACAAUUAGGAGGGCAGCACGAACCUGAUCACGCAACUUGGUUGGAACACUGCAAAAACUGUUAUAUUAAUAAUCUCCAGAACGCUAAAUUAGAAGGCGUCAUUGAUGAAUAUGUAAUCAGUAAUCAUAUACCACCGAUCAAAACUCAAAAUGGUAUAAUUGAGCACGAAGGUGCAUGUGACAUGACCAGUGAUCGUGCGGCGCGAAUCGGCGACAACAAUUCAGACAUGCACAUAAGUGGCGAUCCUCCGUAUACCUGCGACCCCAGUCCGCUUAGGCAUACACAUGGUUACAAUGGCGAUAUGAAAAGCAGGCAUAUAAACUCAGGAGACGAAGAUGACAUAGACAUAAGCACUCGCGGCACGUGGUCAUCAGGAGAGGUAUCGCCAGGACUGUCGGAUGAGGAGUGCGGCGGUGGCGGGGCAGGGGGAGGUGAGACGGCAGCAGCACUCCUAGCUCGCGUACGCUCGCUGGGCAGGCGCGGGCUCGUAGCUGAGUAUGAGGAGAUCCGCGCACGUCCGCCGCACGGGACCUUCCACCAUGCCAAAUUGCCGAGUAAUCUAGCCAAGAAUCGUUACACGGAUGUGCUGUGUUACGACCACUCCCGCGUACUUCUCUCGCAGACAGAUCCCGACGAUCCCACUACAGAUUAUAUCAACGCAAACUACGUUGAUGGAUACAAACAGAAAAAUGCUUAUAUUUGUACGCAAGGACCCUUACCGAAGACGUUCGGUGACUUCUGGCGUAUGGUAUGGGAGCAAGGAACCUUAGUAAUUGUAAUGACGACAAGGGCGGUAGAGCGCGGUCGCGUCAAGUGCGGCCAGUACUGGCCAAUAACGCAGGGCUCCCGCGUUGUGCAUGGAGACUUCGCCGUCACUACUGAAGCCAUCGAACAUGAGGAUGAUUACACCAUUACACAUUUGUUAUUGACUGACUUGAGGCGGGAGCAGUCUCGGCGCGUAUGGCACGGGCAGUACACGCGGUGGCCGGACUACGGCGUGCCGGGCGGCGGCUCGGCACAGCCCGUGCUGCGCUUCCUGCACCUCGUGCGGCGCGCGCAGCACCUCGCCCUCACCGACUUGGGAGAUGCGUGGGCGGGACACAGCAGAGGACCGCCGAUUGUUGUACACUGCUCCGCCGGCAUCGGGAGGACGGGCACGUUCCUGACGCUGGACAUCUGCGCGGCGCGGCUGAGCGCGGAGGGCGCGCUGGACGUGCGCGCCACGGUCGAGCGCAUCCGAGCGCAGCGCGCGCACUCCAUACAGAUGCCCGACCAGUACGUCUUCUGCCACCUCGCGCUGCUCGAGUACGCGGUGAUGCAUGGCUACCUCGACUCUGCUGACUUGUCAGGAUUCGACGACGAUAAUGAAGAUGAGUCCGAAUGA